AUGAAUGCGCUUGCACAAAACUUUGCAAAGGCACUUGUCCAAGAAAAGCCAGAGGCUUUUGGUGAUAGUUUUAAUUACAUCAAAGUGUACUUUGCCAAACACAAUGAUGAUUGUGUCACAUUGGAAUCAUAUCUUGAUGGUCCAUUCCAUAAGUUUGUAAACAAUAAUGACAUAAUACCAUUAGAUGCGAAUGAUGAAGAGGCAUCUUUGAAAGCACAAUGUUUCUGCCACUAUACAUAUGUUAAGUCAGGAAAGCAAAGGACAGUUACAGACAUUCAAGGUGUUGGUUACAAUCUUUGUGACCCUGAAAUUGCAAGUACAAAUCAGAAGGAUGUUGAUAAUGAGAGUAUCCUGUUCUGUUCCGGAAACUUAUCUCUUCAAGCAAAAGAUACCUUCUUAAUAUUUCACUCUUGUAACAAGUAUUGCAAAUUACUUGACAUUGUUGAACAAGAAUAA